GACUCGACCAUAUACGCACCUGAUCAUACCGACGCUGCCACUGAUACAUCAUACAAGCGACAGGAGACAGCUCACAUAACACCGCAACCAUGCCUGCCCCCACCGCUCUCCAAAGAGCCCCGGAAGCCCUGGCCGCUGAAGAGACGAAACCCUCCACACAAGAGACUCACGACGACGAUAUAAUGAUCACCACCACGACGCCCACCGAAGACACCUCUAACAUCAUCAUCUCCGACAUCCCCACCAUGGAAGUCGACUCCCCAUCAACAACCCCCCUCUUCCCCGCCGAAGUCCCCUCCAAAUCCGCCCACCGCACCGAAGAGCGCAAAGUCCGCGUCCCACCCCACCGCAUGUCUCCUCUCAAAGCCUCAUGGCCAAAAAUAUACCCUCCGUUGGUGGAACACCUCAAACUGCAAGUGCGGAUGAAUAUCGCCAAGAAAGCUGUCGAGCUACGCACGUCUUCGCACACCACGGAUACAGGAGCGAUUCAGAAGGGAGCGGAUUUCAUCCAAGCGUUUUGUCUGGGUUUCGACCUCGACGAUGCAAUUGCGCUGCUGCGGCUGGAUGAUCUGUACAUCCAGUCGUUUGAGGUGAAGGAUGUCAAGAGUCUGCAGGGCGAACAUCUCAGUCGUGCCGUGGGACGUAUCGCGGGUAAAGAUGGCAAGACGAAAUUUGCGAUUGAGAAUGCCAGUCGGACGAGGAUUGUGUUGGCGGAUCAGAAGGUUCAUAUUCUGGGUGGGUUCAAGAAUAUUCAUGUCGCGAGGGAAGCGGUGGUCAGUUUGAUUCUGGGAUCGCCGCCUGGGAAGGUAUAUGGCAAUCUAAGGACUGUUGCGGGCAGGAUGAAGGAGAGGUUCUGA